AUGGUAAGGAUAUUUAUUGAAGGACAUACGCUUGUUUUCCUUUUCAAAAGAAAAUUGUGCCGACAUAUUGUCUGCUGCAAUGUCUCAAAUGUCUUCCAAGUUAUGAUCAUAGAAGGUCGUCCUCCAUCAUUAGAAAAAUUUAAUCAACUAAGCUUUCAUUAUUUUAAUAUCUAUGCUUCAAAAGAGAGAGAGAAAAAAGUAGAAGAGACGAGAGGUAGGCACAACAAAGAUGGUGAGUUUUCUAAAUCCACGGUCCAUUCAGAAAAUAGGUUUCCGACCAAACACCAACAUAACAAACUAAUUAAAUAA